CUAGCUUACCUCCCCUCAUAGGUAAGCUAAUGCGGGCUAGCUAACCCAUGGAAGAAGAAGGAGCACAACCGAGGGGCUCUCUGAUAAAACGGGUCUGGUCGGUAGUUCUGAGGCGUGAUAUAGUAAGAUAACGCUAGAUACCGGAAGCCAGAGGAACGUCUUCCUGGCGGAAAACAAAACAAAAAACACCAUAGAGAGCGCUAAAUCACGGGACAGCCACAAUUACAAGUCCAACAUGGACCUGACAGAUGCAGAGCGUCCGGUAAUUACUCUCCGCCGUCGAGUUUAGCUCUCCCCGGCUGCAGCUGAACAUAAACGGCGGCACGUCGGGGCGCGCUGGAGCCACGCGAAGCUUUGUUCGCGUUUUUUCAUGGGACACAACCGGGCUUCCCCCUGCUUUUUCGUUGUUUUACCGCCGUGACAGCACCCCCCUCGGCUGGUAUCGACUGGCCACCGAGGCGAACGCAUCUAAUGGACUCCUAACAGUAGUUUUUGGGCUUUUCUGACGGUCGGUCCCUCACUAACGGACGCGGCAGUCAUGUUUGCCGUGCGAAUCGUCACCGCAGACUUCUAUUUGCAAAGUCCCAUUAAAGACCUGGACGUUUGCUAUUCUGAAUUCAGGGAGAGCGAGGUGAAGAAAGUGCCGGUGGUGCGGAUCUUUGGAGCAACACCUGCAGGCCAGAAGACAUGCCUCCACCUCCAUGGCGUGUUCCCCUACAUCUACGUACCGUACGAUGGCUACGGCCAACAGCCGGAGCGCUACCUGCGGCAGGUGGCCUUCAGUACCGACAGGGCCCUCAACGUUGCCAUGGGAAACCCCGCCUCCAGCGUCCAGCAUGUCUUCAAGGUGGUGCUGGUCUCUGGCAUGCCUUUCUAUGGCUACCACGCUAAGGAGAAGCACUUUAUGAAGAUCUACCUGUACAAUCCUCAGAUGGUAAAAAGGGUCUGUGAGCUGUUACAAAGCGGAGCAGUGAUGAACAAAAGUUACCAGCCCCACGAGGGCCACAUCCCCUACCUGCUGCAGCUCUUCAUAGACUACAAUCUGUACGGCAUGAACCUGCUGAACUUGGGGGCUGUCAAGUUCCGCAGGGGCCAGCACAAAGAAGACGCAGCAGCGGUUCCAGACCGGCAAACUCCCAGCAGUCGUCCCAGCGUCAGCCCCUGGAAGAGCCCCGGCACCUCCAAGCUCGACGACAGCACCCUGGGGGGCACGUUUGUCCGCUGGGAGGAGGACACCAUACCGUGCUCCCUGGUCCUGGAUGCGGUGGAGAAGCAGAGCACCUGUGAGCUGGAGGUCGAUGCCGUAGCUGUCGACGUCCUCAACCGACUGGAAAUUGAAAAUCAGAUUGGCAGGAACCCGGGCCUGCAGGCCAUCUGGGAGGACGAGAAGCAGAGGAGGAGAGAGAAGAACCAGACCUCCCAGGUAGAAACCCCCGAGUCACAAGAUCGUGGGUUUGUCACUUCAACGGAAAGCGAGAAAAUCUUCAUGAAGAGAUUCAAGGAGAUUCUGAAGGAGAAUGAGUUUGACGUGACACAAGGUUCGUGUGUUAGCGAGAGGGAGGACCAAGAGGAUCUUCUCGCUGAUAUGACUCUCCAUUCUGACCCCCUGACCCCCGAGGGACUGCCGUGUACACCCGCUAAUGCAGUGGAGGUGCACAGGCACUCGCAGCCAGACUCUGUGAGGAGCAGUGUUAAAAUCCCAGAGGAGCCUGUCGUUGAUGAGGAGGCCAUCCUGAGUGUCCUGGAAAACAGUCAGACUUUCCUCCCGCUCUCCCAGUCAUCCAACCACUCGCCCCUGUUAGAAAGCAGCCAAGACCAGGCCCUCAAUGAUUUGCUGGCAGGACUGGAGAGCGAUGGUUUCUACAGGACCCCUGUCAGGCAGAACUCCCAGUCACUUCCCGGUGCCGGGAGCUACCACUGCAACAGUGAUGAGGAGGAGGCCGGGCCCGAGCUGGACAAGUUAGAGGCCGAGCUCAGCGUGCUAAUGUCACAGCGGUGGGACAACCAGCCUCCUGAGAACUCGCCCUCACCAAGGCCUGGUGCGAAGGAGCCUGACGACUGCUCAAGUGACGAGCAGCAGGAAUCCUCUGAUGAAGACAUGGAGUGGAGUGGGAAUAACUCUCUGUUCGCCAACCUGUCCAUCCCCCAGCUCGAUGGGGCCGCAGACGAGAGCAGCGAUUCCUCCUUAACGGACAGUGGCUCCAGGACCCAGUCUUCUCUCAUAGCCACAGAAAAGAUGCUCGGGAAAAACAACCCCUUCUCCGUGGAGACGGUUCACUUGGAUCCACCUUCUCCAGCGAAGAUCCUUCUUGAGUGCAAGCACCUUGAGCACAGACCAGUUAAUGUGCUUGACACAGAAAAACCACUUGACAUGCACUUUCAAUCAAAAAGCAGCCAGGACAGUUCAACAGGGUUCAAGUUUAAUAAAGAAAUUCCCUACAUCCCGCCAGUCAAACAUCCUAUCCCCUGCAAGUUACCCAAUCACCCUGAGGUGUCUCCUGUCAACGUAGACAAACAAGACAUACGGCCCAUGUACACCUAUGACAAGAAAACCUCCAUAGCUUUGGAUAAGACAGACCUAGAAAGUUUCCCAUUUGGUAACGGAAAGGUAACCAAAAACGGGAAGUACAGCAGCAUAAAGAAUGUGGAAACAAACUGUCUGUCCAUCCUUCAGAAUCACAGGACCUUCUCUCUCUGUUACUCAGAGCUGAGAAACUGUACAGCUAAGACAGAGCUGGAGCUGAGCCAGAAGGACAGUAAAAACCCCAUCCUGAGGAACAUCUCAGCCCCGUCACCUAUGGUAGAGAAGGAGUUUCUUGAUCCUCAGCAGGAAGAAAUGGGCCAGGACAGUGAGGAGGGAGAUGUUGGUGAACUCAAAAUCAGGUACGAGGACUAUCAGGAAAAUAAGACUGAAAGGACAAUAGUGGCCCAGCAGGAAGCACAUUACAAGUUCUUCCCUAGUGUCAUCCUCUCCAACUGCUUGAGUAGGAAGAAACCUGGGAGCAAAAAGCUGGCUGAUCCCUGCAGCACGCUUGAACAAGCCCAGCCUCGUAGAUCUAGGCUAAAAGUGUGUAAAAAAAGGUUGGGAAUGGCAGGGCAGAGAAACAAAUUAAACACCGUUGAAAGCUCUGCCGCUGACAGCCAGGUUUGCACUGGCCUCACCUCAACCACACCUGCUUGUCCAGUGACAUCAGAUACCGAGAUGCCAGCUUUGGAGGAUAAGUCAUUAGAAGAGUCUGAGCCAAUUCAAGAUGGGCCAUUAAUGGAGAGAAAGCCAAUCACAGAGACGGAGCCAGAAAGUGAGGAGAGGUCUGUAAAUGAACAGACCGAACCACUUUCAGAGCCCCCGGCCACCAUCGUUGCCAGUUUUUCUGAAGGACCUAAAGACUCCACAGAGCAAAGGUUAAGUCCCUUACACGAUAUAUCAGCUAAGGUCACCUGUACUAAACCUUCAGCAUUGCCUGGUAGUAAAUACACCCUGAGAGCCAAACGAAAGAUGAUCUAUGACAGCGAGGAUGGGGAAUACUUAAGUGUCACUCAUUCUAAGACUCCAGCCUCCAUCAAAGAGCGGUUAAAGGACCCCACUGUCCCCAGUGGGCAGGAAGCAAAACACCAGAAACGUCGUAAGAAGGAACCCCCUAUCAUUAUCAAGUACAUUAUUAUUAACAGGUUUAAAGGACAGAAAAACAUGCUGGUGAAGAUGUCCAAAUUGAAUGCAGAGGAGCAGUUGGUGUUGCUGACGCCAGACAAGCUACAGCAGUACAAUCAACUAGCCCCUCUUAAGGAUUUCUGGCCCAAGGUGCCAGAAUCCAGUGCCGUCAAGUUCCCCAUAACUGAGCCUAAGGCCAAAAAACAGCCCAAAAGAAAGGCAAAGGUCAGCCCCACAAAUAAGAAAACAGUCGGCAACUCCUCAAAACCUCGGGUAAGACAGGUUGACAGGGUCAGGAGGAUUAAAGGCUGUCAGAGAGGCCCACUUCUACCCUCCUUACCGCCCCCUCGGCCAUGUUACUGUGAGCUUACUGAUGACCAAGACAUUGAGUAUACUGAUGUCAUGGAAGAGUUGGGCUACCUCUCUGAUAGAUCCCCAAGCCCCACACACUCAACACCCCCUCGUUGUUGGUCACCAAGUGAACCUCUAAUGGACAGUAUGAGUUCAGAACACAUGAUAAACCCACUCAGUGACCCAUGUCUUAGUUCUGCUUUUCACAAGCCGCACACAGUGUCUUCAACCAAAGGAGCACAAAAGAAGCGUCAAACUGCCAAAGCGAAGAAAUCCACAGACACUAAAAGGAAAGUAGGCAGGUCUGUUAUUAAGCCUCGGGAGGAAGAGAAUCCCAAGAAAGAGAAAUUAAGACAAAGGAGUGGUGCUGCCCAAAUACAGAGGAAGAAGGCUAAAGAUGCAGCUGAAAGCACCGUCGACAGUUCUACAACCACCAUAAGACCUCGAAAGUCUCGCAAAAAAAGGACUGAGGAACCCAAAAGCCAUGACUCAAGUAAAGACAUCUCCCAGCUCCUUUUCCCAGAGGAUGAGUUACCUCCUUCCCAGAGUUUCUCUCAGUACGUCCCUCCAUUUCAGCAGCCAGGGAGCACAGAUGGCAACAGCCAUGACAGUUCCCAACCCGCAUCAAUAUUAGCUUCUAACUCAGUAGACCAGUCUAUAGAACCAAAGGUUGAGGACUGUGAGACAUCCAUCAUGGAAGUCAACCAAAGCUUUUUGUCACCGGUUCAGCUGAAGCAACAAGGUUGCCAGACCACUGUAGUAAAGACAGAGGCUUCACAAGAGGAGUGCACAGCUCCUCCACCUCCUUUAGCUGGUAGACCCUUACUGAAAAACAGUAAAGACUCACAAGUAGCAGCAGCCUUCUCACACUCAGGCCCUAAAAACGGGGACAUCACCACUCUCUAUGAGACUCCCUCUGGCUUGACUGUCCUCAAGCAGCUUCUCCAGAAAAGGCAGCAGGGACAGGCUCUUCCUCUACAAGUGGUUGGUACAGACAGCCACUUCACUGCCAUAGCUCAGGCUACAGUGCUACUAGAUCCCACAACUAAGCCAGCUAAUCCCAAAAGAGCUCCCUCCACCGCUCCACGGAAACCCAGGGCCCCAAAAUCUACUCCCAAGGACAAAAAGCCCAGAAUCAAGAAAGGCAAGGCAAGCAGCACUCAGCCAAAUCUAUCAGUGAAGGAGGAGGGCAAAAUGGCGGAUGAUUGCCCCCUCUUCCUGUCAGACCCAGGCCUUGACAGCUGCAACUUCAUAGAGGACAGCUUGUCACCAGAGCUCCCACACAACUACUCCUUUGAUAUAAAUGCCAUUGAUCAGACGGAGUUCUCCAGCCCAUACAGUGGCAGUCAGUUUGUCCUGACUGAUAAAAAUUUACCAGUUAAGUUCCUGAGUGAUGUCAGCCAGGAAGCUGUAUCUACUCCAGCACUGGGCUUUGAGAAGAAACGUGAUAGGCUGUUUGAUUCUGGGGAGGAGUUUCAAAGAGGCUCUGACUGGCACAAAGCAGGGCCUAUCAGCCCUGACCUCUUUGAUAGACCCAAGAACGGGGAGUCUGAAUCAAAUCACCUCGCCUUCCUCGACUCCGAGAAAAUCCAAAGCAGAGAGUGGGACUUCUCUUUAGGUAAAGCCCAUACACUGAGCCCCUUUCAAGACUUUCACUGUGAGAGAAAAGAGCUGCUCUUUUCCGUCUUCGAUCCUGUCCUACCUUUGCCUUUAAGCUCUGCGUCAUUCGUCGACCAUGAGGGCUCACCAACAGGAGAGCUUCUGGAGGGCAUUGAUGGACUAUCGUCCAGUAGCUCUCCGCGCUCCAUCAGCUCACUCUCCCAGGUGCGGGCGAGCCAGCUGCUGCGGGCAGCAGGAGGCGGAGCCCACAUUCUCAAGCCCCUCAUGUCUCCUCCAAGCCGGGAGGAGAUCCUCAGCACUCUGCUGGACCUGGACAUGUCGGAGGCCACCUUCCAGGAGCCCUUCUGCAGCAACCCCUCUGAUGUGCCGGGGAAACCAAUGGAGGUUGGCGGCCGAAAGUUAACGGUGUGCAGUAGGUUGGCUAAGGAGCUUGCAGAGUUCAGUGGAGACCUGUCUUUGGAGGGUCUCCAUUUCUGGAAAACGGCCUUCUCAGCCAUGACGCACCCUGCCAUCACUAUUACCUCAUCUUCCCAAACCCAGGGAGCCGAGGCCUCAGACGCAAGUAAAGAGCACCAGUCCUCAGCCGGUGACAAGAAGGUCAUCCUUCUGCCCUGCAAAAACCCACCAGGCAGAGAGCGUGUGCAGCUGUGGCUGGAAGCCAGGAAACAGUAUCAUAGUUUACAAAAAGGGUUGAGAAGGAGCCCACAAAGAACUGAGCAGCCAGCUGCUUCCAGCUGUCCAGAAGUAAAGGUUGAGCUGGCGAAAAGACUCUCCAGCAUCAGGACCCAAAGGAGAAAGAAAUGCAACCUGUCCCUUAUCAUAUCUCCCCUGAGGAAUGCAGGCUCUCAUGGUAAAUCCACAGAGGUGAGUCCAGUUUCAGAUGAAGGCGGCUUGGAUAUUGAGCAGGAGGGUGGAGAAAAACAUGAUGAUGAUGAAACCACCUCUCCAGAGUCCCCGGAGCUGCCUACCUGGCAGCAGUCUUGCCAGUCCAGCCCCUUAGGGCCAGCCCGGCUCAGUGAAAACAGGCAAACCUCUCCAGAACCACUGUCACCUCGGCUUUCAGACUCCCUGGAGAGACUGGGGGACAAUCUUAGUCCUUUGCUCCUCAAUGUCAGUAACAGGGAAUUGGGGAGGACUGGUCCUCUCCACCUUCACAGCACCCCCUUUUUAAGGAGAAGGCGGAGAAGCAAGGAAGAUCCAGAGCCAGUGUGCAGCACGCCCAUAUCUGAGGAGGAUGCCAAUUCUCAGAGACUCCAGCAGAGAAGGAGAAGCCAAGCGGACCCACUGAGACGAGUGUUACUGACCACACAGAUGAAGAACCAGUUUGCUGCUUUGAAUGUGCCAAAGAAAGAGAACUCUCAGAUUGAAGGGCCCAGCAUAGCCAACUCUUACGGCUUCAAAAUCAGCAUGCAAAACCUGCAGGAUGCCAAAGCUCUGCAUGAGGUCCAGUACCUUACACUGAUGGCCAUGGAGCUCCAUGCAAGAACCCGGCGGGACCUAGAGCCUGACCCCGAGUUUGACCCCAUAUGUGCCUUAUUCUACUGCCUCAGUUCUGACGCUCCCCUGCCAGACAUAGACAGCACCCAGCUGACGGGUGCCAUUGUGGUGGACAAAGACCAUCAAAGUUGUGACCCAGCAGGUCACGGAGGAGCCGCGCCCCUGCUGGUCAGGUCGGGCGUCUCUGGGCUGCAGGUGACGUACGCUGCUGAUGAGAAGGUGCUGUUUCAGGAGCUGAUCGCCAUCAUGAGGAGGUUUGACCCAGACAUCCUGGUGGGGUAUGAGGUGCAGAUGCGUUCUUGGGGCUACCUCCUCCAGCGGGCUGCAGCACUCGGAGUGGACCUGUGUCAGCAGCUGUCACGAGUGCCAGGUGAUUCCAAAGAGAACCGCUUCGCUGCAGAGAGGGAUGAGUACGGCGCCGACACCAUGACUGAGAUCAACAUCAUCGGACGCAUCACUAUCAACCUGUGGAGGGUGAUGAAAACUGAGGCGGCGUUGAACAACUACACUUUUGAGAACGUGGCCUUCCAUAUCCUCCACCAGCGCUUCCCCCUGUACAGCCCCCGCACACUGUCCGACUGGUUUGACCACAACACCCACCUUUACAGGUGGAAGAUGGUGGACCACUACGUGAGCCGUGUUCGCGGCACCAUGCAGCUUCUUCAGCAGCAUGACAUCAUCAGCAGAACCAGCGAGCUGGCCCGAGUGUUCGGGAUUCAGUUCUUUCACGUUCUGACCCGAGGAUCACAGUACCGCGUAGAGUCCAUGAUGCUGCGUGUGGCCAAGCCGUUGAACUACAUCCCUGUGACACCCAGCAUACAGCAGCGAGCCCAGCAGCGGGCGCCGCAGUGCAUUCCCCUGGUGAUGGAGCCGGAGUCGCGCUUCUACAGCAACUCAGUGGUUGUACUGGACUUCCAGUCGCUCUAUCCCUCCAUCGUCAUCGCCUACAACUACUGCUACUCCACCUGCCUCGGCCACGUGGACAGCCUGGGAACGCCUGAUGAGUUUAAGUUCGGCUGCACCUCCCUGCGGGUUCCUCCGGAGCUCCUCUACCAGCUUCGCAACGACAUCACAGUGUCACCCAACGGCAUAGCCUUCGUCAAGUCCUCAGUGCGUAAAGGCGUCCUACCCAGCAUGCUGGAGGAAAUCCUGAACACGAGGAUCAUGGUGAAGCAGUCGAUGAAAACAUACAAGCAGGACAAGGCUUUGAUGAGGCUGCUGGACGCCCGGCAGCUCGGACUCAAGCUCAUUGCCAACGUCACCUUCGGCUACACCGCCGCCAACUACUCUGGCCGCAUGCCCAGCGUGGAGGUUGGGGACAGCAUCGUCCACAAAGCCAGAGAGACCCUGGAGAGAGCCAUCAAGCUGGUCAAUGACACUAAGAAAUGGGGAGCGCGUGUUGUGUACGGAGACACCGACAGCAUGUUUGUUUUGCUGAAGGGAGCCACCAAAGAGCAGGCCUUCAAGAUCGGCAACGAGAUCGCUGAGGCAGUGACUGCAACCAACCCCAAGCCCGUCAAGCUCAAGUUUGAGAAGGUGUACCUGCCCUGCGUGUUACAGACAAAGAAGCGCUACGUGGGGUACAUGUACGAGAGCCUCGACCAAAAGGAGCCCGUGUUUGACGCCAAAGGGAUCGAGACAGUGCGCCGUGACAGCUGCCCCGCUGUUUCCAAGAUUCUGCAGCGGUCCAUUAAGCUGCUGUUUGAGACUCGGGACAUCAGCCAGGUGAAGCAGUUCGUGCAGCAUCAGUGCGUGAAGAUUCUGGACGGCCGGGCCAGCAUGCAGGACCUGACCUUUGCCAAAGAGUACCGGGGCAGCACAUCAUACCGGCCCGGAGCCUGCGUGCCUGCCCUGGAGCUCACCAGGCGUAUGAUGGCGUACGACCGUCGCCUGGAGCCCCGCGUGGGCGAGCGAGUGCCCUAUGUGAUAGUGUACGGGAUGCCCGGCGUGCCCCUCAUCCAGCUGGUGCGUCGGCCCAUGGAGGUGCUGCAGGACCCCGGCCUCCGCAUCAACGCCACCUACUACAUCACCAAGCAGAUCCUGCCGCCACUGGGCCGCAUGUUCCAGCUGAUCGGAGUGGAUGUGUUCAGCUGGUACCAGGAGCUCCCCAGGAUCCAGAAGGCGUCCUGCUCCUCGGCGGUGGGCGGAGAGGAAGUGGGAAGGAAGGGAACCAUUUCCCAGUACUUCACCACGCUCCAUUGCCCAGUGUGUGACGAGCUGACCCAGCUGGGCGUGUGCUCGCAGUGCCGCGCUGAGCCGCAGCGAGUCGCCGUGACACUCUACCAGGACAUGAGACAGUGGGAGAGUCAGCAAGACCAGCUGUUGAAGAUCUGUAGAAACUGUAGCGGCUGUGCAGAGCGCCAGGUGUCCUGCGUGUCACUGGACUGUCCCACCCUCUACAAGCUGUCCCAGGUCAACAGACAGCUCUCCAAGGCCCCCUACCUCCGACAGCUGCUGGAGCAGUUCUGAUUGGCUCCUGAACCCUGGAGCUCCCCGCUGAUUUGGUGCUAAUCGCUGUCCCCCACCCCUCAUCUCAGUGUUAGAUUGUCCACUCAGUUGUAAUAGUAAUAACAAUGGUGCUUCGAUUGAACCCUGCUGGGUUUCCAUUCUGUCUUGUAACUGUUAUUUGUUAAAACAAGUGUUUCUCUGUGCAGACUGUCUGCUUUGAGCCUCCUGUGGGGAGUGCAACCUCACCCCCCACCCAGGGCUCGUGUGUGUGUGUCUUCAUGCUUGUUUGCUGCCAUCUCCAUAAGCUGCUACAGGCUGAGUGAAGCUGAUGUCUUUGGAGACACAGCGGCAGACGGCCUGUCCUGGAACUAAGCGCAGUCCGAUCGAGGAUGACUUGUUGUAUCUUGUACCCGCUGUAGCAGUUUAAAGUCAAAUCUCAAGACAAACCACUAAUUGACUUCUCUUCAUUUUUAUAUCGACUGCAGUCUUUUUGUAAAAUAGUUCCUGUAUAGCUCCUUCUAUAAUCUCACUGUGCAUUAUCAUUAAAAGAACUACAGCUCCGGCCAUGAAUGCAAUCAAAUCUGUUUAAUGAAGUCUUUUUAAGGAUGCCAUUUUUCAUAUUUCUUGAUUGUAUUGAUGUUCAUAAUCUACAGAGUGUGUAAACUGAAAACUAAGUUUCUCUAAAAAAUCUGGGACUGUUGCAAUACUGUAUUUUGAUAAUUUAUGUCAUGGUCUAUUGUUUCCCAGUGCAUAUAUGGUUUUGUGAGCAAAAAAGUCAUCAAACCAUGUCAAGAACCAAUCUUCAAUUCUCCAUACAGCUGUACACAGAAUCUGUGUAUUUGUAUAAAUGUAAAAAA